AUCGUUGUCAAAAGGACUCGUCAUAUAUUCGAUGGUAUGGAGGCUGUGGGUGUUGCUCUCGGGUUGGUGCCCAUACUAGUCACGGUUGCUAAGACAUGUCGUUCAGUCAGCGAUAAGCUUGACACUCUACGACACCGUGAUAUCGUCGCGAGGCGCCUAUGGAUAAAAUGGAAAGGUCUCCAAGCACGAUUCCGACAAGAUUGUAUACGAUUGCUGCGACCUGCAUUAGUGGAUAGAUGCAACGAAGACUGUUGGGAUCUUCUAAUGAGUGGCAUCCUCUGCGAGCCCAGGACAGCAUCAGAUAUGGCUAUUGGCAUUAAUCUGCAAGACCUCAUCGAAAAGCAUCUGGAAAAAGUCUUUGGUAGAGAGAAUGCAAAAGUCUGCAAAGAACAUCUAAGAGAGAUCAGCGAGGUUCUCGACGAGGUCCGACAAGAUUUGUCCAAGGUGGAGAUAAUGAAUCAAAAGGUCACUAGUGGAAGGGCAUCACUCGCCUCGGAAGGUGCUAGCCUGGCACUCAAUAAAGAACGACACGAAAAGCAUUUGGAAGACCUACGAGACUGGAUUAGCGACUUCUCGGCGUUGAUCAAAGCUUGUGAAGACACCAGCACAGCAUAUGAGCCUCGCACACUCUCGAUUCCUGUUCCUAGCUAUAUUUGUGCUGUACGAGAUGCUUCAACAGAGCUAUACACCAUGUUGGAGCAAGCAUGGUCAUGUAAAAAUGUCAACCAUGAAGGUCACCAUGCUGGACUACUUGUCACAGCGAAGGUUGACUCAGAAAAAGCCGUUCACAUGGACCUGUCCAUUGCCGUGCAUGAAUGUGGUGGCGCCGUGCCAAAGGCAACCGGGCUAUCAAGCAGUCGUCUUCUUGUAAACGUUAGGAGCGUUUCGAUUACACAGCCAACCGAUCAUCAAUGUGGGGGACGUAAUCUUACCAUAACGAAGAAUGGACCGUUGAAGCAGUACUGCUCGAAUGUCUCAGUUUCAAGCCCUUUGGGGAUUCACUUGACGCAAGUCCAGAGCAUCUGUUGCUGGUUAUUAGGCCAAGCCACGAAAGGUUAUUGGGGCUACCUAGGACCUGGCAACACAUAUAGACAUGAGUUUUUCAGGCAGGUGAAUGGCCUCAGUAGCGUAGAGGUACCCCUAACACAAGCAUUGAAAUUCGUGUCAAUGGGACACCAAAUCAAAUUGGCCCACUUACUCGCACAAACUGUGCUACAAUUCAACUCGACGCCUUGGCUCCGUCCUGGGUGGCGACUGAAAGACUUUUCUGUUCCAGCGAUCGUCACCGGGGCUCAAGCCAGCAACAAUCACGCCAAGUAUGACUUCGCUACCGUACAUGUUAACAAGGCACUACCGGACCAUCGAACGGGAAUCCAUGCCGCGAAGGGCGCCCAGAUCGAUGCUCUUGAGGAGCUCGGUGAGCUACUCGGAGUUAGGAAUUGGAGUCUUUGCAAUCUCGGUAUAGCCCUAAUAGAGCUUGCCUGUCAGAAGCCUAUUGCAGAGAUGAGAACAGUGGCUCAUAGUGAUGACGUGGUAACUGCAAGAAAGAUUGUGAAGACUAUGAAGACACCGUUCGGGUUCAGGUACUGCAGUAUUAUCAGACGAUGCUUAUUCAACGACUUCGUCCCUGAUGUCGUCGACCUGAAAGAGCCCCAGCUACAAGCUGCAGUGUACAACGAAGUGGUUAAACCGCUUGAAGGGAUGAUCGCUGACUUCGAAAUGAUGAGUCUGAGCAUGGCAGCGUAAAUAUGAAUUAUUCAUUGUGUUCAAAUGUAUUGAGCGACGAGGUCUUCAAGCUUGGCCUGCUCAUUACGGAAUAUACUGAUCGCC